AAUUGCGCUUCAAUGCAAAGAACUUACUGUAAAAGUUGAUUUUUCUAUAAAAAAAAAAAAAAAAAAUGGGACAACAUGUUUCGAGAAGUGAUUUUGAAUGGGUUUACACAGAGGAACCACACGCAAGUCGUCGAAAAUUAAUUCUAGAAAAAUAUCCACAAAUUAAAAAAUUAUUUGGCUAUGAUCCUAAUUUUAAAUGGGUAGUCACAGGAAUGGUUUUAGUGCAAUUUGCUUCAAUGUUUAUAGUAAAAGAUUUAAGUUAUCCAAUGCUUUUUUUAAUGGCAUAUUGCUUUGGAGGAGUGAUUAAUCAUUCAUUAAUGCUGGCUGUUCAUGAAAUUGCACACAAUCUUGCCUUUGGACACACAAGACCUAUGGCAAAUAAAUUAUUUGGUUUUUUCGCUAACUUGCCGAUUGGAAUUCCAAUUUCUAUUAGUUUUAAAAAAUAUCAUUUAGAACACCAUCGUUAUCAAGGUGAUGAGAAAUUAGACACGGAUUUACCGACUUUAAUUGAAGCGAAAUUAUUUUGUACAACUUUGGGUAAAUUUUUCUGGAUUUGUUUACAACCAUUUUUCUAUGCAUUUCGUCCAUUAGUCACUUAUCCAAAAGUGCCAACAACAUUAGAAUAUGUAAAUUUGAUUAUUCAACUUAUUUUUGAUGCUCUCGUUUGGUAUUUCUUAGGUGGUAAAAUUUUAGUUUAUUUUAUUUUUGGCUCGGUUAUGGCAAUGGGUGUUCAUCCAGUUGCUGGUCAUUUUAUAUCUGAACAUUAUAUGUAUAAAAAAGGAUACGAAACAUAUAGUUAUUAUGGUCCUCUUAAUUAUAUCACAUUCAAUGUUGGUUAUCACAAUGAACAUCAUGAUUUUCCUGCUGUUCCAGGAUCACGAUUGCCAGAGGUAAAGAGAAUAGCUUCAGAAUUUUAUGACAAUUUACCGCAUCAUGAUUCUUGGGUUUCUGUUUUAUACGAUUUUGUAAUGGACCCGGAUAUUGGACCAUACGCUCGAAUUAAACGAAAACAUCGAGGUUUAAAAUCAUAGGGGAUUUAAAUUUUUUUGAAAAUAUUGACAAAAAUUACAAUAAUUUAUUUAUAGCAGUGAAAAAAAAUCGACAUUGUCAGCCAUUUAAAUAAUAUUUUUCUACGACUCGUGCCUAAUAUGUGAUCAAUUAAUUUUUGAUCAGGUCACUUGAGCUCCAAAUAUAGAAUAUUUUAAGAAGCCUUCUGUAAUUAGACGUACAAUUUUGUGUAUAAAUAAUUGUAUUUUUAUUACUUAAGAUUGCAGUAUAUGAAAUCACUUUACUAUUCAUAAGAAGCAAUAGUGAGAGCAUUUUUUGUAAAUUAUUAUUUUUUAAACAGUAUUCAGUGAGAGUUGUAAAAUUGAUUUUUUUUUCAACUUUUUGUUUAUAUUCAUUAAAAGUAUUUGAUUUAAUAAUAAUGAUAAAAUUUUGACCAACUUUAACUGAAUAUAAAAUUUAGUGAAAUAGAGGCUAUAGUCAAAUGUAAAUACAUUUUCAUUACGAA